AUGUCCCGAGCAGCCUUAAGCCCAAGGAUGGUGGAGCUCAAGAACGGAGAGACCUACAGUGGAGUGCUCGCCUCCUGCGAUGGCUUCAUGAACCUGCACAUGCGCGAUAUCGUGUGCACUUCCCGCGACGGCGAGCGCUUUUGGAAGAUCCCGGAAUGCUAUGUUCGUGGUAACAGCAUCAAAUACUUACGCUUGCCCGACGAGGUCAUCGAUAUGGUGAAGGAUGAGCCGCAGUCCCGCAAGGAGAUCCGUCAGCAGUUCAAGGCUCGUGGUCGUGGUGGACGUGGCGGCAAAGGCGAGGGCCGCGGCCGCGGUCGUGGAGGGCAGGCUGCGGGCCCGGGACAGAAGCGCGAAGGGGGCGGCGGCGACAAGGCCGGAAAGAAGGCACGUGGAUGA